AUGUCGCCCAAAGGGAUAAGGGCCCGUCCGCCCAAAUGGGCAGAACCUCUGUUUGUAAGAGAAACUUUGAAGAACUCACAUGGAAUUCUAUCACCACAGGACAGCCCCGCACUCUCCAUGCUCACAAAAAGUGUUCUACAGGAAAAUGCUGAGACGAAACGUCCGGUCUCCACCCCUCCGGAUCAAGAGGAAAGUCAAAGCUCGAGAAGAAGAUCCGCCUCUAAGACAAGACAGCAGGAGAAUUUGGAGGAGCUGAAAGAGAGAAUCGAGCGUCUUAAAGAUAAAAGCAGCCACAGUGAAAUGUACACAUCUGACUGUGAAUUCAGUGAAGAAAUGAUGGACAUCAGGAAGGACUUGGUUACCAUCCAUGGAGAAAUGGUGCUCCUCAAAAACUACAGUUAUUUUUCAAACAAAAUUUGA